AUGGAAAUUCUAGAGGUCGUGUUAAGUGAUGAUAGUGGAGAUGCUUUCUAUAGUCAAAAUGGAGAUGGUCAUGAUUAUUGUGGAGAUGAUUCUGAUGAUAGUGACUACAUUGUACAUGAGUCUAACUUGCAAUUUGAUGUAGAUGUAGAUAUGAGUGAAUUCCAAAGUGAUGUGGAUGUAGAUGAAUAUGUAAUUUUAAACAAGCAAAUCAAAACUGUAGGGAAUGACAUGGUUCAUGAAGAGUUGGUAGUUAUUCAAAGUGAUGAUUAUCAGUUUGCAGGAUUUUAUGAAGAUGAAAGGAAAAUAAUGCUUAAGGAGAUGAGUAGUUCAACUUCAUGCUCACAUGGGGAGAUCCAUUUAAAACCGUAUAGAGUGGGACAAUGUUUCAAAAAAAAAGAAGGAAGUUGUGGAUUACAUGCAUUCACAUGUUGUAAAAACAAUGAGGUCCCUAUACUUAGCAAAAAAUGA